CUUCAGGGGUUUAGCAAAGCGGGGGACAGCAUAUAAACUCUCCUUUCCUGCAAGUUUGAUCAGUCAAUUCUUUCAUUCACUCUUUGAUUCGUGCACUGCCAGUCUCAAACAGCAAACAUGGUCAAAACACUCCAAUUUCAGGAUCUCACGAUCAACUCCCCAGGCUUCGGCGCGAUGGGCCUCAGCUUCGGCCUGGGCAGCGAUCUCACUCUGGAGCAAGCCGAGCCCGUCCUCCUCAAAGCCAUCGAACUGGGCUGCACGUUCUGGGACACCGCAGUCGUCUACCAAGCUGGAGUCAACGAAAAGCUGCUUGGCGACUUUGUUAGAAAGUACAAUGUCCGUGACAAAGUCUUCAUUGCCUCCAAGUGCGGUAUCAAAUGCCUGAACGGCGAGUCAGGCGUCACAAACUCCGCCAGUCACAUCAAGGAGUACAUCGAGGGUACCAUUGAGCGUCUAGGCUUCACACCUGAUCUUUACUACCUGCACCGCAUCGAUCCCAACACACCCCUCUCAGAGUCCAUCCCAGCACUCGAUGAGAUCCGCAAAGCCGGCAAGACGAAGUACAUCGGCCUCUCCGAGUGCUCAGCCUCGACCCUGCGCAAAGCCAAUUCAAUCGCCAAAAUCGAUGCCAUCCAAGCCGAAUACUCCGCCUUCGAAACACUCCACGAAAGAGACGGCCUCAUCGACACCGCAAAAGAACUUGGCAUCGCCUACGUCGCCUACAGUCCCCUAGGCCACGGCUGGCUGGUCGAUAACUUCGACUACGCGUCGCCCGACGACUUCGCGCCGACCGACUUCCGUCGCGGAAGUCCAAAGUUCCAGGGCGAGAACUUCUACAAGAACAAGGCGAUUGUGGAGGAAGUCAAGAAGUUAGCGCAAAAGAAGGGGUGCACGACGCCGCAGAUUGCACUUGCGUGGGUCGCGAGUCAGGGCAUGAUUGCUAUUCCCGGAACGACGAAGAAGAGCAGGUUGGAGGAUAAUUGGAAGAGUAGGGAGGUUGAGUUGAGCGAGGAGGAGAAGGGGGAAAUAAGGAGGAUCAUUGAUGCGGCGAAGCCAAGUGGGAAUAGGUAUGCGCCGGCGCAGCAGGCGAUGGUUGGGCAUUAG